GUGUGUGUGUGUGUGUGUGUGUGGACAACCCUGGCUCGGCCUCUGACUCUAAGUCUCCAGUUCCUGGGUUGCUCUACUGGCUCCCCAAACUAGCGCCUACUAACCUGGAACUGGAGGACGUGUGCUCUGACACAGUGCAGGGACUCAGACAAAAGACGAGAAAGACAAGGGGAGAAGGAAAGAAAACAGGAGGAAAAACAAAACCCAGACAAUUAAACCAGGAGGUGUGGGUGUAUACGUGUGGGGGAAAUAACCCGACUCUUCCAACCCUCUGGGGUCCUUGAAUGCGGGCUGAUUUUCGUUCUCUCCCCCUGUCUGAUUGGGGGCAGGAACGAAGGAGGGCGGACUUCGAAGCUUCUUCCCAACUUGUCUUGAGCAGGGCUGCUCUUCUGGAUUCUGCAUCACCUUGGGGCACGCCUUCUGGGGUGGGGAGGCGCUUCGCAUCCUACUGCCUGAAGAAUUUUCCCAACUGGUGAAGAAAACCGCUGUGGUGAAGUGACCUCUAGUCUCGAAACUCCCAGCCUGAAUGAUUAAGACCGAGUUUGCACUUUUCUAGAUUCGUUUCCAGAAGUCGCUCAAAGUUUGGGGGACAGUGACUGAGACUCCCCUCUCUUCCUCCUCUUUGCUUGCUCUCUUUUUGGAAGACAAGUUUUGGGUUUCAUUGCUUUCUUGCUACUUCUCCUUCUCCUCCUAGAUUUUUAGCUUUCUUGGGGUCCCCUCUUGCUUUGUUGGAGAGAUGACCCUUAUGAUGUGGAAUAAGGAGCCCUCCCGCUGCCUCCUUUUACUAGCCGCGGUCCUGAUGGUGGAGAGCUCCCAGUUGGGAAGCUCCAGAUCCAAACUGAACUCCAUCAAGUCCGUCUUGGGCGGGGAGACCCCAACUCAGGCAACCAAUCGAUCUGCGGCCAUCUACCAAGGACUGACUUUCGGCAGCAGUAAGAAGGGCAAAAACCUGGGGCAGGUAGGAAAAUCUUCAAAACACAGUCAGCAAGGAGAGGCCUACCCUUGUAGCAGUGAUAAAGAAUGUGAAGUUGGACGAUAUUGCAACAGUCCCCACCAGGGUUCUUCAGCCUGCCUAGUGUGCCGGAGAAAAAAGAAACGCUGCCAUAGAGAUGGCAUGUGCUGCCCCAGCACCCGUUGCAACAAUGGUAUCUGUAUCCCAGUUACUGAAAGUAUAUUAACUCCUCACAUCCCAGCAUUGGAUGGCACACGCCAUAAAGAUCGCAAUCACGGUCACUAUUCACAUCAUGACUUGGGCUGGCAGAAUCUUGGAAGAUCAAAUUCUAAGCUUUCACACAUAAAAGGACAUGAAGGAGAUCCCUGCUUAAGGUCUUCAGACUGCAUGGAAGGAUUUUGCUGUGCCCGUCACUUCUGGACCAAGAUUUGCAAACCAGUGCUACAUCAAGGGGAGGUGUGCACUAAGCAACGGAAGAAGGGCUCUCAUGGCUUGGAGAUCUUUCAGCGGUGUGAUUGUGCAAAAGGCCUGUCUUGCAAAGUAUGGAAAGAUGCUACCUACUCCUCCAAAGCCAGACUCCAUGUGUGUCAGAAAAUAUGACUUGAAAUGAGGAAAACAUCCCUAGAAGACUGUGAAUUUGUGUAUUUAAUGCUUUAUGCCAUGGUGGAAAAGGUAGAUAACAAAGCUGAAGGGCUCAAAUAAGGAUUCUAUAGAUCACCAAAAAAUGAAAAGAAACUAACCAAUCACCAAAGUCCUUCAAAGUAGUUUGGAAUGGUUGGCCAACAUCCAAUGCUGGAAAGUUUCCAUUAUGCAUACUUUAUGUAAAUAAUGUAAACAUUUGUGAAAAUGCUAUUAAAAAAAAAGCAUGGAGUGGAAAAUUUUGACAUUUAUCAUUUGUCUUCCCAUAAAUUUAGACUGUGCCAGAGAACAGGUUUCCAUGAGGAUGUUAAUGAUAUUGAAACAGUAGAUAAAUUGAAGUUCUAUGAAGCCAGAUUUUAUAUGAAAUAUCAUUCUUGAAGUCUAUUUUAGUAUCAUGCCAGAUGCUGGAAAAUGACAAGAACUAGAGGAAUGGUAUAAAUGGUAAACAGUAUCUGAAUUACAUUCACAAUCCAGUGUCCAUAAGUACAUAAUUUUAGAUAAAAUAUUGUACAUGGUCCGAUGUCAGAAUCUUCUUUCUUCUUUCUUCUUCUCCUCCUUCUUCUCUUCCUCUUCUUCCUCCUCUCUUAGGAAUCUGAGUUCCCACCCACACUUAAAUAGAAUGAUUAAGAUUUACAAAUAUUCCACACAAUUGAUAAAAAAAAAAUACAUAUAAUAUACUGUUUGCCAAUCUAUAUAACAUUUGGGGUGUGUACAAAUAGGCUUCUGUGAGUUUGGAGAAGUGAAAAAAUGCAGCAUUUCCAUGAAAUAUUUCCUAUGUAUCAAUUACAUUUAUAUGCUGGCUUCUGCAUGACUCCCCUUGUGUCUGAUCUACCCUAACUGUUCAAAAAUGAUUAUUUGAAGUAAUUUAUUUAUAGGGAAUGUUUAAUGAGAUGUAUUUUCUUAUAGAGAUAUUUCUUACAGAAAGCUUUGUAGCAGAAUAUAUUUGCAGCCUGUUGACUUUGUAAUUUAGGGGAAAUGUAUAAAUAAGAUUAAAUAUAUUAAAUUUCUCUUUUUCAAAUAUCA